UUUUCUCCUUCCUCUCGCGAGUCUUGCCUCCCGGCUGUACCCGGAAGUGAUCCUGCCCUUAAGGCUGUUCGUGCUAGAGCGUCAGGAAAGAUAAAGAUUAGGUUGUAAGAAAAGAAAAUAGAAGCCAUGUUUCGAAGACCUGUAUUACAGGUACUUCAUCAAUUUGUAAGACAUGAAUCUGAAAUAGCUAGUAGCUUGGUUCUUGAAAGAUCUCUGAAUCGUGUACAGUUACUUGGGCGAGUAGGUCAGGACCCUGUCAUGAGACAGGUGGAAGGAAAAAACCCAGUCACAAUAUUUUCUCUAGCAACAAAUGAGAUGUGGCGAUCAGGAGAAAGUGAAGCAUACCAAAUGGGUGAUGUUAGUCAAAAGACAACGUGGCACAGAAUUUCAGUAUUUCGGCCAGGCCUCAGAGACGUGGCAUAUCAGUAUGUAAAAAAGGGGUCUCGAAUUUAUGUGGAAGGAAAAGUAGACUAUGGUGAAUACACGGAUAAAAAUAAUGUGAGACGACAAGCAACAACAAUUAUAGCUGAUCCUCACAACAAAUCAUUUCCUGCAUCCUGUACUUCCUUGGGCCUUGCCUCCAGAGAUAUCUAUUUGUUAAAAAAUUUUUUUCCGGACCUGUAUGAGAUAAUAUUAUAUUUCUGAGUGACCAGACAAAAGAGAAGGCAUAGAGUGGAUGAUCUUCUUUGGCCAUUGUUUGGUAUAGUCUCAUUUCCCAAUCAUGUAUAGUCUUUAUAGCUUCUAAGGACAAACAUUAAAAUAGUCUUUUAUAUAAAAUGAGUGAUAAUAUUUCUCCUAACUGUUGCUCCCCGUGCCUUUUCGUCUCAUAAACAUUGAUAGCACUUGUCUGUUUCACUAGUUGGUUAUUCUUUUAAGGAUGGAUUCUGUGUACAAGUGUAUAACAUAGUGAACUUUCAGGUUCAUCCGUGUCAUGGCAAAGGGAUAAAUGCGCGUAGUAAGAAGACCCCUUGUUUUUCAUGUGCACUUCUAUUAUAGUAUUGACUUAGCCACUCAGUAUUUAUUGAAGAUCACUUUAUGUCAGGCAUUUAUCCCACUGUUGUAAAUACUGAUUUUCUUGUCUGUUUGCUCUGUAUACUAGAAGGCAAGGACUGUGUCUGCUCUGUGUACCUGCACCUUAACCAGUGCUCGGCACAGAAGAGACACUUGGUAAAUGUUGACAUGUGAGUGAUCUCAGUGGGAUAUUAAGCUUUAGCUCAAAUUGAAGGGAGUUGCUGAACAGUGGUUUGUAUCUAACCUACAUGGCUUCGGGACUAACCUACUUUCUUCACGCCUUUUGUUUUCGGAAACUUUCACUAGGAGCAUUUAUGAAAUGGAGUUUACCAGCAGUAAAGACCUAAAGUAUAACUAGGGAUAAAACACUUCAUCUCCAGGUGAUGACACAGAGGCUUUGGUUCCACUGUUCUCUGUCUUUCUAAGCCCCUAUUCUCUAUCCUUUUAGCCUCAUCCAGAGCCCUUGGGGGAGUCCCCUAAACAAUCUUUGACAUUGCCUCCCUAGGUUAGAGCCUCAGGUAUGACGUUUCCUUUUAUUUGUCCACAUGGUCUCUUGAUGAACAUACACAUACAGACCAUUGUGUACACACAGUUACUUCUGUUAUAAGAUUCUGAAAAUUGCAGAGUUUAUUAUAAUUUAUUAAUAAAGAUUGCAUAAAAUAGACUCAGUUUUUCAUUGCAGGUUUUACUUUUGAAAGUUUGCAUCAGUUCUCCACUGGUCUGCCUGCUAGUUUGCUGCAGUGUUUUAGAGGUUGGCUGCUGCUGAGCAGGUUGUCCGGUUCAAAUUGUAGAAGUUGCUUAUUUUCUUGGGGCCGCUUGGCUCCAGCUUGCCCUCUGGCCCAGCCUGUGUAUUUGUGCCCCAGGCUGCGUGUCCUGUCCCUUGUGCCUGCGAGUUGGUGCUAACUGUAGCUUAGGUCAUGCUAGACUUGAACAGGUUCAGAAUUCAGAAUUCACAUGCUAUGUUGUGGACCCUUGACUUUCUCUUUUAAGGUAUUUUCUGCACACUUGAGCAGCUUUUUGAACUUAUAGUGCAGUUUGGUUAAGGAAAGAUGGCAUUCCUUAGCUUAUCCUCUCUGCCCAGGAACAGUUUCAAAUUGAUUGCCAUUUCCUCAUAUCAGCCAUCUUUUUUUCUGCAGCUGGGACGCUAAGCAGCAUAGAAACUCUGCUCUCUGAGUUCGCACAUGAGACUGGUGAUAUAGUCCUCAUGCCUUUAUGCCACAUUCCUUAAGCAAAAUUGUUUAGAGUAGAUAAAAUUUAUCUUUUGAGCAAUGCUUGCUUUCUUUCCUCAGCAAAGCUAUUUUUAUAAUUUUUAAAAGUUGUGAGAAGUUAUGUGGAUUAGUAUUCUUGUUUAAACAAGGUGAUGAAUCUGUGCUUUGGGAAAAUAAUAUGGUGCUUAAUGACCAACCCAAAGCAAUUCUGAGUCCAGGGUGCAGGGGCAGAAGAGUGUGUCCUACAGGGUCUCCAUAAGCUGAGGGGCUCUUCUCCAAACUCCCACUGAAGAUUGCCUGAAAGGCUCUGAGGCUGGGGCAGCAGAGCUUUUGGAGUACAGCAUUCAGCACGGAGGCCUCAGCAUGCACAUGAUCCUGCAGACCCAGAGGUCCACAACGAGUCAGACUACAGGAGCAGAAACUGCCCUCCCCACCUAGGCAGCCCCAUCUGAGAAAUGUCCUACUGCUUCCCAGCUGGUCUGGGUAGAGAGCAGACGUGUGGAAUCUGACAGCAGUAACAGACUGUAGGGGUCUUCUGGUCCAAGUUCUGUGUCCUGCAUUUCCAUUUUUUGUGUUGUGGUGUCGGAAAUAUACCUGCAGAAAACUGCCUUGUGACUUUGAUUUUGGGAUUCCAUGUUAAGUGGAAAGAUGAGUAUGAUAUGUAGAAGUGUGGGCUAAAAAGUAUCAAACAGCAUGUGUGGUGUUACCCAUUUUUGAAAAAGAAGUAAUUGAUACAAGUAUGUGCCUAGAAAAGUCUGGAAGGAGAAGCAUCAAAAUGUUGUGAUUAUCUCUGGAUAGGGAGGAUUAUGUAUGAUUUUCCUUAUUUCUCUACGCUUUCAUAUGUUCUAAUAUUUUUUUCUUAAGCAUUGACCAUGUAUAUCUUUUAUAAUAAUAAUAAAAAAAUAAAGCUGUUCUCAUUUUGGAAAAAAAAACUUUUAUUUCCAAGCCAAGUUUGCUCUAAUCAUUCACCUUCAGCUGGUAGCGCUUCAUGUACUAGAGGUGAGCAAGACAAUCUUUUAUGUAUUUUCCUCACCAUCUGCAUCUUAGGAUCUCAUGCUUAGAUAUUUUAUUCACCUCCUUUUUUUCAUUCACCUCUCAAUCCAUGUACACAACCUAGAACGACCAACUUUAAAGACUAACCCAUAUGAGAUCUACUGUUUGCUGCCAAUACAGUUCUCAGAGGGUCAUCCAUUUCUUAAAUAUCACUGGAUGAUUAAUCCAAAGACAUCCAAAACCACCAAAGACAUGUUUCUGCAGCUGUUUUGGGGGUUACCUGUCAUUGCCGACUAGGUUACAGCCUGACCUUUGCAGCUCAGAUAGGAGAAAUUAAUGGUAGUUUCUCUUUGUUCCUAAAAGAGAUCAUGCAGUUCUUGAAGGCAGCGUGAUCUUUUACUCAACUACCUUUUUGCCCCAUCCAGCUUAGCUUAGCUAAAUGUUUGCUGUUCUGUUGGAUCACACUGAAACAUUGAUAUGAAAAUGAGGGCAGCAUUGCUUUACUUAUUUUUCUGUCAGGGUUUGCAUUAUAUGCCAUGAAGAUUGGUGGGAGUAACAGCAAGGAAAUCAUUGUAGAAAAUGAGAGAUAAUCCCAAGGUUAGUGAGUUGUAGAGAAAUCUCUUACAAGGUCAUAAUAAUCAUAUUAGUGGCUGACGUUUACUCUGCACUUACCACACGCCAGGCGCUGAGCUAAGUGCUUUUUAUCAUCAUCUCAUCUAACUAUUCCCCUGAGAAGAAGGUACUGUUGUCCCCAUUUUGUAGGCGAGGAAACUUGAAACUGAGGGUCAGUAACAUGUGAAAGUCAUGCCACUUAUAAGAGGCACACUUGGAGUUUGAACGUAGCUAUGUGGUUUGCGUUUUGCUUUCUGCCCACUGCCUGCUUCCCGCUGCUCUCCCACCCCCGUUGGCCCUACGUAUCCGGAACCCCCACUGCUGACUUUGUGCUCCAUGCAGGGUGCCUCUCAUCACACUGGAGGUUAAUACAUAAUAGGUUUUGGUUGUGGGGAGGAUUACGAGUGAGGGAGAAAUACCGCUACUUCCUUAUUUUUUCUGAUUCUCAGUGUGAUGAUCCUACAGGAAAAUAAGUGACAAUUAACUACUCUGCCUGGUUACCUUUACAUAUUCCUCUUGCUUCCUUUUUAUCAGGCAGUGUCUCUUUACUGGUUAAAAUAAGUUCAGUGUCUGCUCCUUUCACUGUUUCCUCCAUUGUUUUCUUUUCUACUGAGAGUUGGAAUUGUCAGGAAGAUUGUUCAAGAAUUUGUCAGGCUCACCUUCUAGAGGACGCAACUUUUGGCAAGUGUCAUUGGCAUUGAAGUCCCCUCUCACUGUCUGUGAUAGGAUGGUGUGUAGCUUUUUAGGCUAAUGGAAUCAUGCAGCCACAAUUAAUGAAACUUCUCUUUUUCUCUCUACUCCUCAUCCAUUCGCUCUCUGCCAUGCUUUGACCCUAGGGUCUUGUUUUUCCAUACAGGUGUACCUCUUGACAUUUUUUAGUCUUUCUGCCCCACCUGUCAUUUGGAAGAAAGAUGGUCCAUCAUGAUAGUUCAGAGUUUAGUCUGUGCAGUCAGACAGCCUGGAUUUGAAUCCUUGCUUCACUCACUAGCCAGUGACCUCUGGUGACUUUCUUAAUUUCCCCUGCCUUGGAUUUUUGUUGUUUUGGUUUCCUAUAAGUGAAACGGGGUAGUAGUAGUGCCUACUUUAUAGACCAGCUGUGAAGAGCACAAAAAAAUAAUACAUGUAGCUUCCUUAGCACAGAGUAUCUGAAUCAAGGGCUCAAUUUGUUAGUGCCCUUGAGUUGAUUCUAACUUCUAGUGACCCUACGUACAGCAGAGCAGAGCCCUGCCUGGUCUUUGUGUUCCCUCCUUCCUGUGCUGCAUCAGACAAUGCUCUGCUGCUAUUGAUAGGGUUUUCAUGACCAAAGUGGUUAAUGCAUAUUGGCUGUCGUUACUGUUGUGGUUAUUUUUUAUUUUUUUCUUUUAAAGAUUGACACCUGAGCUAACAACUGUUGCUAAUCUUCUUUUUUUUAAUUCUGCUUUCUCUCCCUGUAUCCCUCCAGUACAUAGUUGUAUAUUUUAGUUGUGGGUCUUUCUAGUUGUGGAGUUGUGGUUAUUUUAAACAAGGCAUGUCACUUUUUCGGUUACCAUGUGCAUCUCACCAAGUCUCACGGGAUCCUUGUGAGAGCAUGUCACCUUUAGAUUAGUUUAUUGUACUUGACUUUUUUUGUUGUUGUUACUAACGUCCAUGGAUUAUUGAGCACAUAUUCCACUUUGGUAGUGUUUUUUUUGGGUUUGUUUUUAGUCUUCCAUGGGUAUUUACAAUUAAUCUGGGCAUCUUUUGUUUUUCUUUUUAAGAUUGGUACCUGAGCUGACAUCUGUUGCCAAUCAUUUUUUCUUUUCUUG